AUGUUCCCUAUGGCCAUGGAUAUGACCACCGAUUCCCCGGAGGUCGACUCGCCAUCUUCUAUGGACAAAGCCGCUUCUUGGACCAGAUUGCCGGUUGAACUGCGCCAAAAGAUCCUGAACUUUGUGGGCUCACCGUUCUCUGGCAGGCAAUACGACGGCCUGGCCUCCCCAAAGCUGGCUCCGUUCGCUACUGUGUGCAGGGAAUGGCAGGUCUUCUUUGAGACUUGCACAUUUCGACGUCUUGUUCUUGAUCCUGACUCUCUUGCCAGAUUUGACACAAUCAUCAGGCGGCGCGACAGUCGUUUGGGGUAUAUUCGAAAACUCUGGCUUCGAAUCAAACUCUCAACAUACAAUUGUCCCGAUUGUAAUUACCCGGAGGAUGUUGUGACACAGAAUUUGAACAACGGUAUAUUCACGGACUGUAUUCUGUCUCUGUUGGGGACUCUCAAGCUCUGGGUCCCUGCGAGGCAUGGAGCACAGGGACUGGUUCUGAUGUUGUCCGUUUCUUCACCCAGUGAUACAGCGCAUUGGUUCAGUCGAUGCGAAAUGAAGGACAAUUACCCAUUUCACUACGCAGAAGAUCUCGGUCUCUCACCCGGCAUGGUUGAGUUCCACCAGGCAAAUACUGCUCAUCCGUUUAUCCAAGGUGUUCAUCGCGGCGACUCUAUGCCGUGGCACAACGGGCAUUUCAAAAGGCUGCAUGGAACUCCGCUCCGUUUGGUACGAAGAGGCAAGCGAGGUCGCUUCAUCAGUCAACACAGGUCCCUUCCUGCUGUGCCGAUGGUCAAAGGGCUAGUAAUGCGCAGACAGUUUCGCAGGGAAAUUCACGUAGGAUCGCUGUCCUGCCUACUGGCUAGAAGCUUUGUGGCAUUGGAAUGGUUCUGCUUUGAAAGGACUCUUUGCCUGAAGCCUCGUCAUCAACUUACUUUUGAUCAAGGUACCUAUGUAAUGUGCAGCCACACUUUGCAAAGACUGUCUGAUGAAACUGACGCCCUUUCCUCAGGCUUCCAAUCACGUUUACUGCCCUCGCUGCCAAAGACGUUGCGCCAAUUUUCCUUCACGCAGUGGGACAUUCCAAGAAAAGAGCGCAAUCCUACACACGGGAAUGGAGGGCCCGGCUUAUCUCUGCAUGCUCAAGCCAACCUGCUUCGGAAGAUGGCAAAGGUCUCUCAAAGACUGGAGCAACUCUGCCCACCCUGGCAGAUGGAUGCAGGUGCCUUUCUUCAGUCUAUCAUAGAGCUAGGGGAAUCACCCGAGACGGUUGAAAGCUCCCUGAAACGCAUCAUUCUGCGUUGCUCUCUGUCAAGCUCACAAACGAGCAGUAUGGAAUUUGGAUCGCUGGUACUUCUUGCAGCCAAAACGGCUCUGUCGCUUCCCCAACUGGAAGUUUUCGAGCUUUGGGGAACCUACCUUGACGAACACGAUAGCAGCGCUUACAUCUUUCGGUACAUGCAUGAGGACCGUCGGGCCAGCAUGGUCUGGAGAAGCUUUGAAAACACCAUGACAUGCCAGGCCCGGAUCAUCCCCAUGUGGAGCGAGGUGGCCCAGAAACACUCGCACUCUAGUCUGACAUACAACGCUGUUCCCUUUACGGAGACGAAGGCAGAUUUGUACAAGUCUGAAGGUAGCUGUAUAUAUCGACAUCUGCUGCUCAAAGACCUGGCGUUUGAUCCUAUCACGCAGAUUAUUCUAGAGAACGAGCCUUACGACUGGUGUUCGGAUGAUGAGAAGAGCCAGGUGUUGAAUCAGGGCAACCCUCUCACUCCACAUUACGCACACACCCUUUCCCUGGCUGGCAUUGGACAAGAUGACGACCCCGCGUUGUUACAAGCGGAUAUCAUGACAUUUGAAACUGAAGUUAAUGCUUUUCUUCAGCACCAUUACGGGUAG